UCUCUUUUCGACCCGAUCGUUUGAGGAGAGAGAGAUGGAGAGAGGAGGAGGAAGAGGAGGAGGAGGAGGAGAAACAACAAUAUGCGACGUUAAUCCGCCGACACCUACGAAAUCGGUGACUCCGAGAUAUUCUCUGAGCUUUUGGGAGGUCACGGCAGCUUCCGGCGUCGUUCUGGGGUUUCUCAUUGGCCUUGUUUGCGUUUAUCUCACAAUGCCUCAAUCUGAUUACAGCUUCCUCAAGCUACCUCGUAAUCUCCAUGACCUUCAGAUCCUCAGAGAUAACCUGGAGAUUUACACAAGUGAUUACACAGUUCAAGUUCUUGUCGGAUAUUCUUUGGUGUAUGUGUUUAUGCAGACAUUCAUGAUUCCUGGAACUGUGUUCAUGUCUUUGCUUGCUGGUGCUCUCUUUGGAGUUUUCAAAGGAAUGGCUCUUGUUGUCUCCACUGCAACAGCUGGUGCUUCCUCUUGCUUCUUACUCUCUAAGCUCAUUGGUAGACCUUUGAUUUUCUCGCUUUGGCCCGACAAGCUCGUCUUCUUCCAAGAUCAGGUUGCUAGAAGGAAAGACGGUUUGCUGAACUAUAUGCUGUUCUUGAGACUAACACCAACAUUGCCCAACACUUUCAUCAAUGUUGCUUCUCCAAUUGUUGAUGUUCCUUACCAUAUCUUCUUCCUCGCUACGUUCAUCGGUCUGAUUCCUGCUGCAUUUGUUACUGUCCGGGCUGGGAUAGCUCUUGGAGAGCUACAAUCAUUGGGAGAUCUCUAUGAUUUCAGCUCGAUGGCGACUCUGUUUCUCAUCGGUGUGCUCUCUGUGACUCCAACCCUAAUUAGCAAGAAGAAGGCUUAGAAGAAGAACAAGAUCAAAUGGAAACAUAAGACAAAGCUAUCACAUGCAUACGAUGAUGACUCUUUGUGUAUAUAUUUAGGAUGUUAGGACUCAAAACCAACAUGUUCUCUAAAUGUUUUUAAACUCAAAAAAUGUAUUAGAAAAAUAUAUCGCAAAUGGGUUUC